UUGAAAGAAAAAUAUUAGACAGAUGAAAGAGAGAUUAGAGGGGGUGAAGUUUAACAGUUCUCAUAUUUCGAAAGGAUUAUGAGAUACUGCUGUCUUGUCUUGAUUUUGUUGGCAAUUGGAUUGCUUAGAAUUUCAUCCCAAAGCUGAGAUCACUGCUUUCGUCGGAUGGUUGGACAAUACUGAAGUGAAGUACCACGGAAAAUAAGCAAAUCCCCCCACAUUCUCUAUAAAUUUGUUGCUCUGCUAACACCUUUCUACACUCAGAAAGCAAGUCUCUGCUUGAAUUCCAAGGAAGGCAAAUAUGGGUGAGAUUCAAAUUCCGAGGGUGAAACUGGGAAAUCAAGGACUAGAGGUCUCAAAGCUGGGAUUUGGUUGUAUGGGACUUACUGGAGAGUACAACCAUCCUGUUUCAGAAGAUGUUGGCAUUUCAAUCAUCAAGUAUGCAUUCAGUAAAGGAAUCACAUUCUUUGAUACAUCAGAUGUUUAUGGAGCCAAUGCUAAUGAAAUCUUAGUUGGAAAGGCAUUGAAGGAGUUGCCUCGAGAAAAGAUCCAGUUAGCCACUAAAUUUGGUGUUGCUCCUGGUGACUAUACUGCUGGUAUAAUAGUGAAAGGUACUCCUGAGUAUGUUCGCUCCUCUUGUGUGGCUAGCUUGAAACGUAUUGAUGUGGAAUAUAUUGAUCUCUACUAUCAACACCGGGUUGACAGAUCAGUACCCAUAGAGGAAACUAUGGGGGAGCUUAAGAAGUUGGUUGAAGAGGGAAAAAUUAAGUACAUUGGAUUAUCUGAAGCUAGCCCAGACACAAUAAGGAGGGCUCAUGCUGUUCAUCCCAUUACUGCUUUACAAAUGGAGUGGUCCCUUUGGACCCGUGAAAUUGAGGAAGAAAUUGUUCCACUUUGCAGGGAACUUGGGAUUGGGAUAGUUCCAUACAGUCCUCUUGGACGUGGGUUUUUUGGUGGCAAGGCUGUUAGUGAAAAUGUGCCUGCAAACAGUUUGCUGAGAUCAAAUCCUAGGUUUCAAGGUGAGAACUUUGAAAAGAACAAGAUCAUAUACACUAAAAUGGAGAUGUUGGCUGAAAAGCACGGAUGCACCGCUGCACAGCUUGCGCUAGCUUGGGUUCUUCGUCAAGGGGAUGAUGUUGCUCCUAUCCCUGGAACAACUAAGAUUAAAAAUCUUGAUGAUAACAUCAGUUCCUUGAGAUUGAAGCUUACAAAAGAAGAUUUAGAAGAGAUUUGUGAUGUGGUACCUCAGAAUGAAGUGGCAGGGGCUAGAGCAAUUGAAACACUGCUUAGCUUCUCAUGGCGGUUUGCAGAUACACCACCUCCAAGAGUAUGAAGACAUUG